GCACUCAAUCUUGGAUGCAGACCGGCGGUUGGAGUAGAGGGCUUUUGUGCCUUCAAAAAGCGUUCAAAAAGGCGACGAAAGCUCAAAAGCUCCACCAAAAGCUCUUUUGGAAUCUUCAAUCCAACUCAAUCCUUUCUCAUUCAUUCAUUCAUUCAUUCAUUUUCUCGCGAAAGGUCACCACCAAGCAAAGGAGGCAAGAUGAUUCCAGCCCACUACUACUACCAAAAGAGACAACCCGCUCUUGGCGGCGGCAUAAGCUGUGGCGCUUCUGUGAUGGACGACGAUACGCUGUACAAAUACACGUUUUCCCUUGCCAGUGACGACGAGGCCUCUGAGGCGACGGUGGUCGAUGAGGUCGAUAAGAAGGAAGAAGAUUCCUCAGUAGCGGCGCUGCCUUGCUCCGCAACCGUCCAAGACGAGUCGCUCUAUCUUCCAUCUGCCGUUGGUGGUGCUGAGGCUGAGGCUGGUGAGAAGGACACGGGGUUGCCACUGGGUAAUACUAGUAGGGUCGGUAAUGUCGCUGGAAGCUCGCUGGUUGGGAUGAUGAUUCUGGAGUCUUCCCUGUUGUACAAGGACAACCACGACGAUGACGUCUCGACUGUGAGUGGUCACCCUACCGAAAAGGAUUACUACAAGUAUACUAGUAGAGACUUGGCUCGGGCUCGGAAAUCUGUGGAUGUCGACGAGUGUGUGGCAGAGGAGGAGGAACAAGAGGAAGUCACACCAGUCAAGAACAGCCGCACAGUGGUGGAAAAGCCAGUCCUCAAGAGUGUCCUACCACGAUCUUCUGUAUCUUCUUCCGGAGAGGAACCCACCGUUGUGGAUGACUCCUCGGCAGACUUUACCGCCCAAUCCAGCAGCAGACCUCUGGUUGUUGUCUCCUCCAGCGACACUAACGCUACAGUCACCACCAAGCAAAACAACAAGCUUUCCAAAAAGAAAAAGAUGGGAAACAGUCUUCGUUCCCUCUUUGUUGUCGAUGCCAACCGCAGCAAGCAAGAAGGAAGUCGACGAGGUUUCCUGAACAAACUCUUUUCAAGGUCCUCUAGUAGCAAAACAAAGAAGCAGCAAACCAUACAGGAACAGGACUACUAUCGCAAGCAGAACCACUUUGUCAUUGAUUGUUAAUGUCCACCAACCAACCAGGGCAGCACUGCAUGUAUCAUCAUCCUACAUAUUAUCAGUUCAGAACCAGCUCUUCCAGCUUCCUUCCUUUCCUCGGCCCACCCUGUCAUCCUCAAAGGGUUGUCAUGCUGAUCCUCUCAUCGCUUCCCUCGCAUGUCCCAAUUUAGCGUACCAGUAGGUAGUCAAUUCAUAAUACAUAAUACAUCCACAGUAGUGCACAUC